UGAGAAGUCUUCGCCGACAUUGUCCAGAGAGCGCUGGAUUGUACACACGAAUUGUCAUCGCGGGUCUUGAUCGGGGAAGCCUCGCUGCGAAAUCGCUGGAAGAAGUCAAUGGAUCACCGAGUGUGUCGACGCCGAUUAAUUCCCGAUGACGCCUUCGACCUGCCGCUCUCGGAUAUAAGUACAGGCGAGGCAUAAGGUAAGUGGUAGAACCAACAAUUCAGCAUUAUCACGACCGAAUCCCUCUUCUUCGUAUGCUCCCGAGAUCGACUCCUCUCCACCAGCGCCUCCUACAAGCAACGACUCGUGCCCCUGUUCGGUCGAAUUUUGUACAACGAGCCAGCAUGACAACCGCAGUCUUCAAGCAUAUUGACCCAAACAGCUACAGUGGCAAACCAUGGGCCAAGGUUGACGGUCCAGGGUACUCUUUCAAGCUGUCAGACCAUGAGCGAACUAUUCACAAUAUCCGCGGCAGAGAGCACGACUUCGGCACAGAUGUCUCUGGCUUCGCAGUGUACAAUAAGCCGGCGAGGGAGAAGAAGUUUACAGAUGACGCCGCAGUGAGGGAGAGCUACUACAAGGAAGUCGAAGACCUGCUGCGGGAGAGACUGCCUGGCGUGAAGAAGGUCUACAUCUUCGACCAUACCAUCAGACGUCGCACUCGCGAUUCACCACGACAGCCUGUCCAGCAAGUCCACGUCGACCAGACUCCAGGUGCGGCAGCUGUACGGGUGAGAAGGCAUUUGCCAGAUGAGGCUGAGGAACUGUUGAAAGGUCGCUACCAGAUCAUCAAUGUCUGGCGACCGAUCGAGAAUCCAGCCUCCGACUUUCCGUUAGCCGUUGUCGACUGGCGGUCAACGUCACCUGGCGACUUCGUCCCCACAGAUCUCAUGUAUCCGAAGCGCGCGGACUCUGUCACGGACAAUGAUGACCGUGGGAAGGAGAAGCUUCCUGAUCCGAGCGCCCACGACUCAACCGAGGGCUACGAGGUGAAAGGCGAGACACUGGGAGUUGCUCCUAACGAAGCGCACAAGUUCUACUACAUGAAGGACAUGACGCCUGAUGAAGUGAUGCUGCUGAAGUGUUUCGAUUCGAGAGGUGAAGGUAUGCCGGAGGGCAAGCAAGGGUUGGCACUGCGGACACCACAUACUGCCUUCAUUGACCCGAACACACCGAAGGAUGCACCAGGUCGGCAGUCGAUUGAGGUUCGAUGCUUGAUCUUCUAUGAGUGAUCUUCGCUUUUAUGUAGUUCGGUACUUCUUCCAACUCUUCCGCCCUUCACCUUUCGAAACGGUAAUCACAAAGUAUCUCCACGCAUCUGUCAUGACCCUCGAGAACUAGGAAUGCCACGUAGAGCCACAGCACUAGCCCAUCGGCGAUUGUCCCAUUCAAACUGCAGGAUCUUGCCAUGCGCAACCCG